AUGAUGUUGGGUCAGGGCGACGACAGCACCAUUCCCGGUGCCCGCCAUCUUCAUGUUCGUACCUGGCAUGCCCGUCGUCGUAAACAAAAACACCCAUCAAGGUCUGAAACUGGUGAACGGCGCCAGUUAUACGGCCCAGCACGUUAUUCUCGACAAGGCUCACCCGGGCCACCAGAUCGACGCCGAUACCGUGCUCCAUUUUGGCCCGCCGGCGGGGAUACUGUUGGGGUCAGAGACGACGAGAGACUUCCGCUUCAUUGGUAUGCCCCCCGGUACGAUCCUCCUGACGCCUACGAGUGUCAAGAUAGAGUGCCAAAGGAAACGGCCAUGGCAGCAAGUCGAUGUCUCACGCAGAGGGCUGCCAUGUGCGCCAGCGUUUGCAUGUACGGACUACAAGGUGCAGGGAAGAACGUUAGAUCUGGUGGCGCUGGAAGCUGCGAGGGACCAGGACCACCAACAUUGAUGGCCAGGCGGUCCCGAGCCAAUGCGACCCUUAUAGCCUGGAACACGGUACCGGCGGAGAUGGCCCAGGCUGAACUGAGGCUGGAGCAGCUGAGCGAGGAGACACUCAAGGGCGCGGAAUCCCGGGACUGGCUAGAAUAG